AUGUGUGAGGCCAAACAGUUUGCUGAUGAGAACGGUCUUAUGUACUUAGAAACAAGUGCUAAGUCCGGAGAUAAUGUGGAAGAGUCGUUCCUGGAAACUGCCCGCAAAAUUUACCAAAACAUCCAGGACGGAAGUCUGGAUCUAAAUGCAGCCGAGAGUGGAGUGCAACACAAACCCGCAUCACGUGGCAUUUCUCUGACUGAACGAGAACAGGCAGAAGAUGCCAGCAACUGCGGUUGCUAA